AUGGCCGACCAAACGAACGCCUUCCAGGUCCUGUCAAGCGAUAAUCGCGGUACCAUCAUUACCUUAACCUCGGUAUCUCUUCUUAUUGUGGCCAUAAUCUUUGUGCUCGCUAAGUUCGCAGUCAAUACUCCCAUCUGGGCGGCUUUGAUUCUUGCAAUUAUUCAAGUCGUUCUCUUGCAAAAGGCAGUUGACCAUGGGCUAGGAAAGCACCAGGACCGGCUUACCGAAGGCGAUAUUCAAACAUGGAGCAAGUUCGCCUACGCUGCUCACAUUCUACUCAUCCUUGUCUUGUCGCUUUCGAAAAUGUCGACCAUCCUGCUGGUUUGGAAGUUAACGCCGAGUAUGAGCCUCCGUCGCAGCUGUGUUGUCACCGCUGGUAUGGUUGUCGGGUGGUCGAUAUUUGGAGUGUUGAGUAUAGCUUUCCAGUGUGAAUUGCCCGAUCUAUGGCUAUACUCCCCCGAGCGAUGUGCUGGAAAGGGAGCCCUCUUCUACCCGAUAGCAGUCGUCAACGUCCUGACAGAGAUUAUUAUCAUUGUCCAGCCGUUUAUUAUGAUGCGGAAUGUUCAAAUGGUCUGGCACAAGCGGAUGAAGAUCCGAUGCUCAUUCUCUUUGCGCCUGAGUAUCGUCGCCCUCGGAAUCGCUCACCUAGCCUUUAUACCUUCAUUUGUUCACUCAACCGACGUCUCCUGGGACAUAGCCAUUUGGGAAAUAAUCGGCCAGGCAAUGAUGCUCACAACCGUCGUAAUCGCCUGCAUCCCAACUCUCUACCACAUCUUCGCCGGCCUGCACUCUGGCCUAACCACAACUCAGAUCCCCAACGGGGUCGGGCUCGAGCUCUCGCGGACCAAGGUCAGUGGGUAUAUCAACCAAUCUUCCUCGGGAGCAAGUCACUCGCAUUCCCGGUCGCAAUCGCGUGGACGGCCAAGAAAGAACGGACCAUCAACGUUUGAUGGAUGGGGAGGUGAGACCGGGGUUAUCACUGAGGUUUCGUCGGGUCGGGAUCCGAACCAGAAUAAUGAGGUUGGUAGACGGUCUAGUUCGAGCGAGGGGACGGAGAGUACACGGCAUUUGACGCAGGAACUACAAGGGAAGGGAGCCGUGCUAAGGACGGUGGAUGUUACAGUGGAGGUUGAGGAGCAUUAUCCCCAACCACUAUCCUCAACCAGCCGGAACUAG